CGGCAGCAUAAUGCAUCAGACCAAAGUGGAAUUAUCGACCGAGUUAGUAGUCGAGAUCAAACGUAUUUUAAAUGCAGUAUUCGCUCUACUAUUCCGGUAGUCAGUGAUUAAACUAUUUACGUCGGGCUUCCUGCUCUCUCUCACUCUCGAGCUGUUUAGGAUGCACGUUAUUUCACGGUUGUUCAUUGUUACGAGUAAUUACGGCAAUUUAUUUCAUUUGUGACACACAUUGUGCAUACGAACCGUGUUGCAUGUUAAAAUAUAAAUGUACACUUGCGGUGGCCGGUUACGAAUUAUGAGUGUUAUUAUAUUUUGCGUGCUAAAAAUUUUCGAAUAAAACAUUACAACUUUUGUUAAAAACAUUCAUCGAACUUAUGAGAUAAUUUGGAUGACAACGAACUAAUAAAACCUCGUUAUAGCGACGGAUAUCAAAAGAAUUCUUCUAAAAUUAAUUUGUUCAACACCAUAGGACGUAGCGUUAAAUAUGUUUGGCAUACUACAAUGGCUCGAUCAUGGUUAGGAUGUUUAUUUAGCAUUCUAAUAGUAUUAAUAAUUUUCUACCUAUAUUUGUUUUUUAAUGUUCCUGUUGCGGAGAGCAGCAUUCCAAUAAAGCAAGGAAAAAUGCAAUCGUUAUCGGUCGAUGUAAACAAAAAGAAUUUUCGAGAACCGUCCGUGAAAGUUCAAUUAUCAAAUAAACGAUCGGAGGUCAAGUGCGAGCUCAUACACAUUGCUAUGGUAUGUGCUGGAUAUAAUUCAACAUUUUCAUUGGUUACGGUAGUAAAGUCGAUCUUGUAUCAUCGUACAAAACCACUGCACUUUCACUUGCUCGUAGAUGAAAUAGCAAAAAGAACGCUCACUACAUUAUUUAAAACAUGGGAUUUGCCAAGUGUCGUAGUAUCAUAUUAUUCAGCCGAACGAUGGGUACCGAAGGUAUCAUGGAUACCAAACAGACAUUAUUCCGGAGUUUACGGCCUAUUAAAAUUAAUAUUACCUGAGGCGAUAAGUGAGAGCAAAGUUCUCGUCCUUGACACUGACGUGACCAUUUUAAACGACGUGAGUGUCCUUUGGAAAAUCUUCGGGAAAUUCACGUCUAAUCAAACGUUAGGCUUAGCGGAAAAUCAAAGUAAAUGGUAUAUAAAGUCCUUGUCGUACGGUCAACAACCUUGGCCAGCGUUAGGUAGAGGCUUCAAUAGCGGCGUUAUGCUGAUGCAUUUACAACGAUUGCGCGCUAGAAGGUUUAAAGAAUUGUGGGUGAACACCACAAAGAGGAUCUUGAAUUAUAUAAAAGAGACCAGUUUGGCCGAUCAAGAUAUAAUAAAUGCCGUUAUUAAAGAGCAUCCGGAUAUUAUUCUUAAGAUAGAUUGUACCUGGAACGUCCAACUCAGUGAUCAUACCACCAGCGAAUCUUGCUAUCAAGGAGGAGAUCGUUUAAAUAUAAUUCAUUGGAAUUCACCUCGGAAGCAAGAUGUAAAUAACAAGCACGCAGAUCAAUUCCUUAAAUUGCAUAGGAUGUUCUUAGAGAUGGAUGGGAAUCUUUUACGAAAACGCUUAUUUGGUUGUGAUAAACGUACAAAUAUUUUGAUAUACGAUGAAUCAGAUCCUUGUCGAGAAUUUAGUAAAGCUGCAAGGAUGAUGUACAGAACACAUUAUUUUAUUCUUGAAUAUCAAUAUAAUGUAUAUAUGUCUACGGACAUUGUAUUAGCUACUCAAUGCAGUAUAGAACGAGUGCCUCUUUUAGAACAACUUUCGAAACAUUGGCCGGGAACCAUAAGUGUAGCACUUUAUCUUACCGAUGCCGAAGUACAAAAUUUUUUGGUAUAUGUACGUGGAUCCCCGGAAUUACGAAAAAGGAAAAAUAUUGCCUAUCACAUUGUAUACAAAGAGGGGGAACUUUAUCCAAUUAAUUACUUAAGAAAUAUAGCUAUGUCGUACGUAUCGACGCCUUAUGUAUUUCAACUUGACGUUGAUUUUUUACCACAAUACGGCCUUUAUGAAAACAUUAUGAAGCAUAUUAAAAAUUUGCGCAUGGAGACAACACACAAAAUAGCUUUAAUCGUGCCUGCUUUCGAGACCGAACGAUAUAGGUUUACGUUUCCUGCUGACAAAGAGGAGCUCUUGAAAUUUCUCAAGCGUGGUAUUCUCUAUACGUUUCGUUAUCACGUUUGGACACAAGGACACGCAGCCACGAAUUUUAGUUUAUGGAGAAAUGCAACUGAACCUUAUGAAAUAUUUUGGGAACCUGAUUUCGAACCUUACAUCGUAGUUUCCCAACUUGCACCGAAAUACGAUACGCGAUUCAUUGGUUUCGGAUGGAAUAAAGUUUCCUACAUCACUCAUCUUACAGCACUCGAUUUUAAGUAUAUUGUUCUACCGGACAGCUUCAUUAUUCAUCGACCACACGCUCCAAGUUUAGAUAUUGGGAAAUUUAGGACAGACUCAAUUUAUAGAAGGUGUUUAAAGAAAUUAAAGGAUGAAUUUGUCGAUGAAUUAAUGAAGAAAUAUGGUGCUGAUGCAUUAUCGAAACACAAGCGAAUUAUUAUCAAAGUCAAAGAGGAAAAAAUCGUGGGACCUGCUAAACCCCAUUAAAAUAUAUUUAAAUAUUAUUUUUUCAAACGACGUGCGGAGAACGCGAGAAUUGUAGUUAUUUUUUUUUUUAAUCGAGUGAAUAUAUUCUGUAAGAUAAUA